AUGUCGCAGAUUGGGCAUGGAGGACACAAUCGCAUAGAGAGUGACGGCUAUGAGCCGGACUUUGCCUACCUCGAUCGCAGUCUGAUUGGGCGGCAGGCCGACGUGCUUGACACGUUGGUCAACAACGAGGGGAUGCCAAAGGACAUCAACCCGGAGGAGACGAUGCACUUUGUGUUCAAGAAGGGCGAAUUGCGCGUGAGAAGUGCUCUUGACGUUCCCACGGAAGCUCUGGAAGCACGGGGAACGGAGAAUGUUUCGGACGGAGUUGGAUCGGCGGAUGAUGUUGCGCCUGGCACAGGCAAUGCGAGUGACGAGGAUGAGGCUGGACUGGACAAGCGCCAGUCUGGUGGCAGUCGCGUCUGGCUAACUGCCAACACUUGUCGUCAGCCUAUGCCGAACGGAAAUACGACGGACGCCAUGAAGAACCAUCCUCAGCUCGUCAUGUACGUCUCCACAUCAGCGCAGAAUCAGCGGCCAGGCCCAGAUGCAACGCAAGACACUCUAACCAACAUAACGGGCGUGCUGUUCGAUGGUGGCUACGCCAGUUUUGAGCUCAAUGCUACGUCAGAUGUGUACAUUGGCAUUGGAGCGCCCAAGCUAGAAGAAGACUGGUUCGGCAGCUGGCAUUUUGAACUGGCUGCCAGCACCGACGGACCCUACCACAGCUACAACGCCACUGAACCGUUCCUGUACAUGGUGGAUACUGACAGCGAGUCUGCGUUAUUCAUCACGUACGACCUGGGCGAUUCGAACAAGACGGAGGAUGUCGAUAAAUGGAAGGCGCAGAACCCUUUCCACAUGUACGCUUUUCCAGAUGACGAGUGGACUCCAGUUACGGGGCUGGAACGGUCAUAUUGCGCGCUCAAGGAACAGUUCAAUGUGAACACCACGAGGAACUUCACCAUUGACACGAGUAUCACGACGAAGUUUAGCGGCGACAGCUUCAUGCCCAAGAGCCAGUUCCAUGUCAGGAACUUGCAAGCCGCGAAGACAUACAAUGGUUUCGUAGUAGUUGAGGGGAGCCAAGAGCCACUAUACAUUGACCGCGUAGGCACAACGCGAGGCGGAGGCCGGGUCUUCCAGGCCUUCAACUGGACCACAAAAGCCGACGACUCCUGCCAAGUCCUCUUCGACCUCGACUUUUGUGACACGGUCGCCUACGCCGUACCAUCCAACACCCGCUUCAAAUACAACGACACGGCCCUUGCAACAAUCUACGACGAUCAAGCCCGUGAGUACUACGACAACUUCACAAAGUCGCUGGCACAGGUUGCUUGCGACACCGUCUCUGAAUCGCAAUACUCGCUCGCCCGCACCUGCGACGACUGUGCAAAAGACUACAAAUCCUGGCUCUGCAUGGUUCUCAUGCCGCGCUGCGAGGACUGGACCGCAAACGACUCGUCGCUCGUCCCGCGUAAUGUCAAGACACCUUUUGCCAAUGGCUCCUUGCCCGACAUGAUUCCUGGCUUCAACGACAGCGCGGCGUUUGCUCGCAGUAGGAAUCCGCUCAUCGACGAGGUCAUCCAACCGGGUCCGUACAAGGAGAUGAAGCCCUGUGAGGACAUGUGCUUUGAUAUUGUGAGGAGUUGUCCUGCGCAGAUGGGGUUUAGUUGUCCGAAUGGGGCGCAGAGGGAGAGCAUGUAUGGCCGGAGGGAUCCGGAUAAUGAUCGGUUGACGUGUAAUUUUCCGGGAGCGGUCGUCAAGUUGAAUGCGAAUAGUAGUGGCGAGGCGUUGGGGGUGCAGAUGCAGGGUGUGAUGGCUGUUGUUGGUAUAGUCGCUGCUAUGUUGUUGGUUUGA